CCCGCCGCCGCGCCCUGAGCGCCUUUGUCUGCCUUCCGCGCCUCUCGCAUCAUCCCUAGUUUAGCCGGCGCCGGAUCAUGGAGCUGAGCCAGCCGAUCUCCCAGUCGGAUCACGACAAGCCGGCGUCUGGGCCCCAGCGCGGGGUCAAGGGGCCGGUGGGGCCCGACGCUCCUAACGGCUGCUCAGAUGAGCCCGAAGAACACGCCCAACUUCAACCGUGGUCAGAGGUACCCAACGCGCCAAUCUGCUGGCCCGAAGAGGUAGAGGAGCCUGACGCUCCUAGUCGCUGGGCCAAAGAGCCCAACGCUCCUCUCUGCUGGUUCCAGGAGCCCGACGUAUCCUGCCAGUUGGCUAAGGAGCUGGAGGAACCCGACGCCCCUCAUUGCUGGCCCCAGGAGCCAGACGCAACCUGCCUCUUGACCAAGGAGCUGGAGGAACCCGAUGCCCCUCGCUGCUGGCCCCAAGAGCCAGACGCAUCCUGUGUCUUGGCCAAGGAGCUGGAAGAACCCGAUGCCCCUCUCUGCUGGCCUCACGAUCCAGACGUACCGUGCCACUUGGUGGAACAGCGGGUGGAACUCGACGCUCCUUUCUGCUGGUCCCAGGAGCCAGACGCAACCUGCCUCUUGACCAAGGAGCUGGAAGAACCUGAUGCCCCUCGCUGCUGGCCCCAGGAGCCAGAUGCACCGAGCCACUUGGCCAAGGAACUGGAGGAAACUGACGCCCCUCGCUGCUGGCUCCAGGAGUCCGACGUACCGUACCUCUUGGCCAAGGAGUGGGAGGCAUCCGACGCACCGAGCCUCUUGGCAGAGGAGCAGGAAGAGCCUGACACCCCUCACUGCUGGCCCCAGGAGGCGGACACAGGGUGCCUCUUGGCCAAGGAGCCAGAGAAUCCUGAUGCCCCUCACCUGUGGUCGGAGGAACCCGAUGUACCGUGUCUCUUGGUCAAAGAACCGGAGGAGCCGGAUGCAUCUCGCUGUUCGCCCGAGGAGCCGGAGGAGCCUGAUGCACCGAACUCACCGUGCUUCUGGGUCAACGAAUCAGAGGACUCCGACGCACCUCGCUGUUGGUCAGAGGAGCCCCAGGUGCUGUGCCUCUGGCCGGAGGAGCAAAACACAACGCGGUGCUGGCAGGAAGAGCCCGAUGCACCCUCCUUCUGGCCGGAGGAUCGAGAGGAACCCAGAAUUUCAUGUCCCCAGUUCAAAGAGCAGGAGAAACCCAAAGUCCCGUGCAGCUGGCCAGAGGAGCUGGAAGACUGCCGCCCUACGCUGGGCCUACCCCUAGAGCCCUUACCCGCCGAGGGGGAGCUGCUGCAGGCAUGUCCCGGGCCACCCUCGGAUCCAGGCCCGGCAUUGUCGCUGCCCAGCGAGCCCGGGACAGCCCAGGAAGAGGGUGCGCGCCUCAGGACGGUGUUCGAUGCCCUGGACAGGGAUGGGGAUGGCUUCGUCCGCAUCGAGGAUUUCAUCCAGUUUGCCACGGUGUAUGGGGCGGAGCAGGUGAAGGACUUAACCCAGUACCUGGACCCGAGUGGGCUCGGCGUGAUCAGUUUUGAAGACUUCCACCAAGGCAUUGUGGCCAUCAGAAAUGGAGAUCCUGAUGGCCAGCUGUACAGUGUGGAGCCUGUCCAAGAUGAAGAGCCCCCUGCCUGUGCCGAUGAGUUUGACGACUUUGUCACCUACGAGGCCAACGAGGUGACAGACAGUGCAUAUAUGGGGUCUGAGAGUACCUACAGUGAGUGCGAGACCUUCACAGAUGAGGACACCAGUACCUUGGUGCACCCUGAGCUGCAGCCAGAAGUGGAUGCUGACAGUGCUGGUGGCUCAGCUGUGCCCUCAGAGUGCCUGGACACCAUGGAGGAGCCUGACCAUGGUACAUUGCUGCUGCUCCCAGGCAGAUCCCGCCCUCACAGCCAGGCUGUCGUCAUGGUGAUUGGCAGUGAGGAACAUUUUGAAGAUUACGGUGAGGGCAGUGAGGCAGAGCUGUCCCCGGAGACCCUCUGUAAUGGGGAGCUGGAUUGCGAAGACCCUGCUUUUCUCUCCCCCAGCUCCAACCCUCUUGCCUCAAAGCUGUGCAACGUCCUCGCUGAUGAGGCCUUUGAGUUUUACUGUAGCCAGUGCCACAAACAGAUCAACCGCCUUGAAGAUCUCUCUGCCCGCCUGACUGAUCUUGAGAUGAAUAGCCCAGCCAAGCGGCUCUCCAGCAGGAAGGUGGCAAGGUAUCUGCACCAGUCAGGGACUCUGACCAUGGAGGCCCUGGAGGACCCUCCUCCAGAGCCUGUGGAGUGCCCAGAAGAGGACAUUGCUGACAAGGUCAUCUUCCUGGAGAGACGGGUGUCCGAGCUGGAGAAGGACAGUGCAGCUGCUGGGGAGCAGCAUGGCAGGCUGAGGCAAGAGAACCUCCAGCUGGUACACAGAGCCAAUGCCCUGGAAGAGCAGCUGAAGGAGCAGGAGCUCAGAGCCCAGGAGAGGGUCCUGGAAGAAACCAGGAAGCAGAAGGAGCUCCUGUGCAAGAUGGAACGUGAGAAGAGCAUCGAGAUCGAGAACCUGCAGGCCAGGUUGCAGCAGCUGGAUGAGGAGAACAGCGAGCUGCGGUCCUGUACACCUUGUCUGAAGGCCAAUAUCGAGCGUCUGGAAGAGGAGAAGCAGAAGAUGCUGGAUGAGAUUGAAGAGCUGACACAGCGGCUCAGUGAAGAGCAGGAGAAUAAGAGGAAGAUGGGGGAUAAGCUGAGCCACGAGCGACAUCAAUUCCAGAGAGACAAGGAAGCAACUCAGGAGCUGAUCGAGGACCUCCGCAAGCAGCUAGAACAUCUACAGCUCCUCAGACUGGAGGUGGAGCAGCGGAGGGGCCGCAGCAGCAGCCUGGGCCUGCAGGAGUACAACAGCCGUGCCCGGGAAAGCGAGCUCGAGCAGGAGGUCCGCAGGCUCAAACAGGACAACCGCAACCUGAAGGAGCAAAACGAUGAGCUGAAUGGACAGAUCAUCACCCUCAGCAUCCAGGGUGCCAAGAGCCUCUUCUCCACAUCCUUCUCAGAAUCUCUGGCUGCUGAGAUCAGCUCUGUCUCCCGAGAUGAGCUCAUGGAAGCAAUCCAGAAGCAGGAGGAGAUAAACUUCCGCCUGCAAGACUACAUUGACAGGAUUAUUGUGGCCAUCCUGGAAACCAACCCAUCCAUCCUAGAGGUCAAAUAGGACAUCUUAGCCCAGUUUGGGCUGGUUAUAGACUCCACAGCACCCCAGAGCGGCCCUGUCUUGCCACAACAAGAGCCAAGACCAGCUGGUCCUACUGCUUACCAAGCCUAGGGUGUAUGUGCCCUCAUGCAGCUGGACUGGGAUCUUAAAAGAAGGGCUGCAGAGGGCUAUACGAAGGAAGAAAGGGAAGUCCACAGCAGCCGAGGAGUUCAGAGCCUGGGCUCUCUGAACGUCAGGAUGCCAGGGCCUCCCACCACAAGCCGGCUUAGCCGAUAGCACCCAUGUCUGCUCAGCAGUAUGCACAUAUGUGGGGAUGGUCUCUCAGGCCGGGAUGGGCCCUUUGAUGACUCUCUGGCCCACCCCUCUUCUUGCUAUGCAGCCUGUUAGGAAGAGAGGGAGAAAAUGAAUCCUCACCUCAGUUGCUGCCUCUCACUCAUGUUGACAUGGUGCCACCCAAGCUUGGCCAUUCCCACAUUGUAUGCAAGCUGAGGACUCAAAGUUGGACAUAGACAUGGUAGCGCUGGAAAGACAGGCAGCAAAGAUGGCACACGUGGGGCCUGGUCUGGAGCUACAGGCCACCUAUUCUCCUUGCGCUGCUCAGGCCAUCUUCCAGCAGAUGGGCUUCCAUUCACCUUUGGACCCAGGGCCUCCAAGCCACACAGCCAUUCUUUGGCCAGACCCUCACUACAGUAACUCAUCAGCUCUGGUCCUCUUGUGGGGGCUAGAGCAGCUAGUUCAUUCUGACUACGGAACUCACUUUCUGGACUGGUGAACACUGUCGGCCUUUCUGAUCCCAGGUGCAGGUGCUGCUUCUCCUCAGGUGUGGCCUACCCUGGCUCCUGGGCCCACACUCUCCUCAGACUGACUUUACUGCCUUGGGAAAAGUUUAUAUUUCCCAGACAAUAGUCAAGGCCUCUGGAACCAAGUUUCCUUCUCUGAUUCUGAGUUUAACUCUCUGGGUGUCUCCCAGAGGUUUAUCUGGGUGUCAUUUUAAUGGUGGAUGGGUGGAGGAGGCUCUGCAUAGACCCAGAGGUAGAGGAAGGCUUGCUGCCUGCCCCUGCACUACCCACAGAGCUGCAGUAACCAUAGGCAUCUGGGCCCGAGCCUGAGCACUAGCUGGAGUCCGGACAUACCAACCGAGACCAUACCAUAGGCUGUGUGAGUGUGUGUGUGGGUGAGCGUGUGCGCAUGCAUGAGUGUGCACACGGGUGUGAGUGUAUGUGUGCUCCUGCCCACACAUGCUGCCCUGCAUCCCUUCACUGCCUCCCCUCCCCCUUGCCUACCUUAUACAGUACGGUUUAAGAUGUUGCCUCGUAUUGUACAUUUUGGGGAAAGCCUUGUGUGUAAAUCAGUGUAAACUUGGAAGACAGAUUUUUCUAUCAUGUAGAGUAGGUAUUUUUUAUAGACUGAAGGUUGAUCAAUUUUUUAAUACUUUCCAGAGAGAAAACUAUCUGUGUAUACAUAAGAAAUAUAUAUAUAUAUAUAUGUAUAAUAUAUCAAUACUGGAGCCCUGCCUUUCUGUGCCCAGGUCCAAGCCCUGUAUAAGGUCUUGUGGCCUGUCUGCUGUUUGCCCUGCAGUGCUCACUGUAAACACAGGUCUCCAGGAGACACUGGGAAACACCAAUCACCAACUUGCUCAAUGCACCUGCUUCAGCUCCCUGAGAAGUAGCUCUUCCUCCGGGGCGUGGAGGGAUGGGAGGCCAAGAGGAUUCUGUCCCAUGUGUCAGCCACCACAGAUUAAAGCUGUUACUGCACACA